CCGAGACCCACCUCGUACCUGUAAGAAUGCAGGUGUACUGCAGAUUGUGGUCUGGUUAAUAAUCUACCCAGUUGUAGGUUUGAACAUCUCCAUCCUCGAUAAGAACUUCCUUUUCCAAUGAAUGACGAUCACCCUCCAUUAUGAGGAUCUCUCUCCUCGUGUAAGAAAGGUGACAUUUUGGUCAGUCGCAAUGUUAUGCAGAAAGCCGUCCAACUAUUUCCAUGAACGUAAAACGAUAUUCGGCAUGUAUUGCUGCAAGCUUCUUUGCAACCGUUGUAGCUUUCGGUACCCUUAUGACGGUGAAUCAGAGAUUUGGACCCGAUCAUCUAAAACCUAUGAAGAUUUUGAAGGUUAUUAUACAAAGCAAUAAGGUAUCACCAAACGACGUUAUAGAACAAAAUUACUUCCGAGAUCCGCCUCCAAAAAAGAUAGAAAUCAAUAUGACUCAAACAUCAGCACGAGGUGCGAUCUCAAACACAGCAUUAUCAAUAAAUAAGAAAACAGUUCUGUCUCCCAAAUCUUUCCCAGCUUUAACUUCGAAAACCAGUAUCUCACCUGUGACAAGUACUAAAACUGCCUUCAUGGGAGUUUCAAAGCCGUCUUCCAUUCCUAAAAGUACAUUGACCACUGCCAAGAGUACAAUGACCACUACCAAAAGUACAGUGAUUACUACCAAGAUUACAGUGACUAUACCAGUGACCAAGACAUCGAUCUCACCUACAACGCAUGCGCCGUCCAAUUUUUAUGUGUGCCCUACGUUUAUGGGAAGAAUUGGAAAUAAUUUAUUUCAGUUUGCCUCUGGGUUUGGCAUUGCCGCCUCUAAGGAUAUGAAAUUUGUAAUAGCAGAAAAUGAUCUCAUAAACCGGUUGUUUGAAUUGAAAAACAGUAAACAUCUUCUUAUAAGCAAAGAUAGACACGAGUGUGCAAAAGCAAAAGUCCGCGGGGAAGGGCGUGCAUGUUCCUACGAUAAAAAUGUAGCAAAUUUCAAGCCGGAUGCAACGUAUCGAGUUGGAAAUUAUUUACAGUCGUGGAAGUACUUUCAUGACGCGGCACAGGAACUCCGAGAGCAGUUGAAAUUUAGAAUUCAUCUUCAGACGAGCGCCAACAAUAUUAUAAAAGGCAUAUUAAAGAACUAUAACACAUCUCGAGAAAACGUAACUUUGAUUGCUGUUCAUGUGCGACGCGGUGACAUGGUCAACCAUGCGUUUGGUUAUUUAGUUGCAACAAAGGAAUACUUCGCGAAAGCAGUACAACUCUUUAGCAAUUAUUCUAGUCCUAUUUUCAUCGUUUGUUCUAAUGAUCUUGGGUGGUCUAAAGCAAACUUUCCUAAGAACUACAAGGUUGAAUUUAUUUCCGGGAAUUCAGCGGAAGUAGAUUUGGCUUUAAUGGCGUCUUGUGAUCACAUGAUAUCAUCUGUGGGUUCUUUCAGCUGGUGGGCAGGCUGGCUCAAUAACGGAACUGUGACGUACUACAAAUGGCCGGCAAAGGAGGGUUCUGGUCUUCGAGCACAGUUCAGCUCAGAUUAUAUGGAUUAUUUUUAUCCACAUUGGACAGGCUUAUAAUGAGUGUAAAACAGUAUUAAUUAAGGCAUCAAUAUUUUAAUUGCAUAAUACAAGUUUUAUGUUUAAAAUUUUACUGAGAUUAUUCCCAUCCACCUGUAAAAGGUUCUUUUUUUCCUUUCUUUUUUUAAGUUCUAUAUAUUACGCUUGGUUACUUGUUGAAUUCUUGUUUCUUUCUAGAUUAGAUUACUCACCAACAUACAUGUUUACUCUAUAUGUAGAUAUAUUGGAUGUGUUCAUAAAAGGUAAAGAAAACAUGAAUGAAUGUUCCCUUUAAUUACUUUUCAAGCCAUGACAGGCAUUAUUAAGAAGGUUCACAGAUGGAAACUUGAAUUUAAUUCUUGUGUAUCAACAACUGAAACCCUUAGUUCUGUGAUGUACAACUGCCAAUGAAUAAGAAAAUAUAUCAAAAUAAAGAAUUUUUGUUGCCGA